AGAAGAUGACCAAAAAGUUGCAUGCUGGGAAGAUGGGCGACACUGAGGAUGCUAACGUCGUUAGUAACGUGGACUGAGAGGACAGGGAACCAAGUCGUUCUUGCGGCAAAUGACAUCAAUCGUGUUUCCAAGUGUAGAUUCGUCCAAGCUACCAGGAACAACACCGCCCAUCUGGAUAUCCCUCUCCUGCGUUGACAUCAUGUGUAGUGUGCAGUGGCCCAGCGGUGGACUAGCCCGUGUACUAUGCUGUGGCUGCACUCUGGCCCGGGCCUCCUGAGCUGCGGCAGCAUCAUCAUCCCCUCGCCCCUCUGCCCACGACACGCCUGCCACCCUAGUGUCCUUGCCCUCGCCGGCAUGUACGCUACCCGCCUGUACAGCUCAGGAGGUGGGGGAGGAGGAGGGGGAAAGCCAGGGCACUGGUCGGGCCUGGGGGGUAGAGGGCUGCCCAUGCUGGAGAACCACCACCCCCACCACGUGCACACUCCAACCUCCAGCUACCCGCCCCUCUACCAGGGGCGCCCUGACCCUCACCAGGGGCCCCACUUCCACAGUCACCAGCAGCACUACCACCCGCACCUGCCCCCCCCUCCUCCGCCUCCCCCCAUCCCUCUGUACGCCCACCUGCACCACCACGCCACUGUUGGCGCCGCUGGCAACAAGAAGAAGACGUGGAACUUCAUCCACGAGAAGAUGAGCUACGACACCUUCUUCACCAUGAAGAGGCUGAUAGAGCGCUCGCAUCGGGGCGAUGAGGUGCUGCGCUGGGUGACGCAGAACCCGGGCAAGAUCUCGCACAACCACUACCCCAUCGCCCUGCAGAAGAUCGGCCAGCUACUACAGGCCGGGGCUGCAGGAGGCGGUGGUGACUCGGAGGCAGCCCUGGUUCUCAGAGCCGGUGGAGGAGCUGAGAACGAAGGCAGACAGAUCCUGGAGCACCAGGAUUUCCAGACACUGUGCAACGCCAUCGUGAGCGACUGUGUCAAGUUCGACAACUUCAGCAUCGUCAACUGCCUGUACGCUGUGGCUGCACUAGGCCUUCCCAGCGACUCGCAGGUGGUGCAGGUGCUGGAGGCAGAGUCACAGUCGCGGCUGGACCAGUUCAACCAGAAGGAUGUCUCCAUGGUGUUCAGCUCCAGCAUGAAGCUGCACCCCAGCAGCCAGCACCCCCUGACCGAGGCCUGCCUCGCAGGCUUGGAGAAGAACCUGGAGCGGGAGCGCCACCCGCAGACCCUCUUUCUGCUACUCUCCUACUACCGGCUCAAGUGGCACUCGCUGCAACCCACCGACACUACGACGGCCGGGAACGUCGCCAAUGUUCGCCCCAACCCAGAGCAGCUUCUGGCCAACAGGAAGAUCCUGCGACUGGUCAAACACACACUGGCAAGCGUAAGUGGUGUGCGCGAUCAGGAGAUGGCGCUGCUGGAUGAGAUGCUGGCUGUGUGUGCACGUGAAGCUAGCAACAAGAGCCUAGAGCUCAUCUUCAGCUCGCACCUCUUCUACCAGAACAGGCAGGAGAGGUUUGUGUGCAGCCUGGCUGAACAACUGCCUGAAAAAGUGGACAGCAUAACCCCAUUCACCAUGGCCCUCAUUGCCAAAUACAUUGCCCGCCACCGGCUCAGAGAGGUUCGACUUCUUGACACCAUCGCUGAUUUUCUGGUCAAAAAGGGCGAAUACCUGGACUGCAAGGUUAUCCAGAAGCUGGUGUUCCCCUUCAGCCGGAUGAACUACCUGCCGUCCAACAAGGUCCAGUUCUUCUCCAAGCUGGAGGUGGUGCUGGAGCUUAAGGCCCUGAGCUCCCCGUUAGCCACCGUCAACAUCCUCAUGUCCCUGUUCCAGCUGGGCCACUUUCCCGGCCUGGUGCUGCACAGGGUCUUCUCCACUGCCUUCAUCAGCAACGUCACCAACAGUCCUUAUGCUCUGAUCGUGCUUCGCUACUUGUCUCUGUUGGACGCAGCGGUUGAACUGGAGUACCAGGACUACACCGGUCCACGGCUCCAGGACACGCACAAGGUGCUCAUGUUUGACCAUGCGCUGACCGCUGAUGAGGUCAACCGCAAAUACAGCUACAAGGGUCUUGUAGCUGAAGCCCUCAGACAAUUGGUUGGAGAGCAUGGCUACAAGCAAGAUGAAGUCCUGGCCCCUGGAUAUUACACAGACUUCCUGCUGUGGAUUGAUGGCUCUGGCCGAGUUCUCCCUAUCCGGACAGGGACCUCCCCAGAAGGAUCCGUAGCCGUGACAGCCCUCACUUCAGACUUUCAAAAGUUCUCCCCCUUCGCCCCACUAGAGGUAGGGAGGGACCAGCGACCUGUCGAGGGGGAUGAUGCGGUGAACUUUCUGCCCUACCACAUGCAGCGUGGGGCAAACCCUUCCUCGGCCCAGAGGACGGGCCCUAACGGCGGGGGCCCUCUGGACUACAACCCUUACUACACGUCGGCCGAUUACUACUACAGCCUGGCCAAGGAGCACUCUUUGGAGAGCCAAGACAGCUCCACGCUCAGCAGCCCUCCCUCAGACAGCCUGGCACAUCCAGGGGCCUCCGGGGUAGGGGGAUCUGCCACGGCUGCCCCCAAUUCCCUCUUCCAUUUCUCCAUUGGGAAAAUCCUGGAGGAUGAGGGAGGGGUGCAGGUGGGGCCGGCGAGUCAGGGGCUCAACUGCGAGCUUCCUGCAUUCUAUGAGGCAAACGGGGACGUGAAGCCCACCUCACCACUUCAACUGCACCCGGCUGAUCGAGCUGGGGACCAGCGGCAGCUCAAGAGAGUGGUUAUGUCGGUGAAUGACAAGUGGCACUACUGUCACAACUCUGAGGUGCUGGUGGGCUCCCGGGCCAUGAGAGACCGUCACCUGCUGCUCCUGGGAUACGUCAUUCUGCAGCUGCCCUAUCAUGAACUGGAGAAGCUGAAUGGUAUAGAGGAGGUGAAGCAGUACCUCCACAAAAAGCUCCUGGAGGUCCCCUUAUGACAACAAAAGACUUGAGUGUGUGUUUGUGUGCGCGAGUGUAUGCCAUUUUGGUGGCUUGGAAUAGGACAGUUAUUGGUUGGGAUUGGGAAAGGGGGCUUUGUUUGAGGUGGAAGACUGGUCAAAGUCUAAAACGGAAGAGUUUCUGGCAACUUGCAUUUAUCAAAAUGGCGCCAGCCUAUUUGCAACCAGUCAGGUCCCCAGUUGAUGGCAUGUGUAGUGUCAGGUUGCCACGCUUGUUGUCAAUGCAAUCUUGUCAUUGUCACUUCACAACUGUUCAAAUCUAAUUUUAUUGGUCACAUACACAUAAUUUGCUAAUGUUAUCGCAAGUGUAGCAAAAUACUUAUGUUCAUAGCUUCAACAGUACAGUAAUGCCUAAAAAUACAAAAACAGUACACGCAAAUCUAAAAGAAAGGAAUUAAGAACUAAAUAAAUAUUAGAACGAGCAACGUCAGUCCGAAACCCCCAAAAAUACACCAUAUAUACAAAAGUAUGUGGACACAAUGAGUGGAUUUGGCUAUCUCAGCCCCACCUGUUGCUGAAAGGUGUAUACAAUCGAGCACACAGUCAUGCAAUCUCCAUAGACAAACAUUGGCAGUAGAAUGGCUCAGUGACUUUCAAUGUGGCACCGUCAUAGGAUGACACCUUUCCAACAAGUCAGUUCACAACAUUUCUGCCCUGCUAGAGCUGUCCGGUCAACUGUAAGUGCUGUUAUUGUGAAGUGGAAACGUCUAGGAGCAACAAUGGUUCAGCCGCAAAUUGGUAGGUCACACAAGCUGAUAGAACGAGACCGUUGAAGAGCGUAGCGUGUAAAAAUCAUCUGUCCUUGGUUUCAACACUCACUACCGAGUUCCAAACUGCCUCUGGAAGCAACGUCAGCACAAGAACGGUUCAUCGGGUGCUUAAUGAAAUGGGUUUCCAUGGCCGAGCAGCCACACACAAGCCUAAGAUCACCAUGCGCAAUGCCAAGCGUCGGCUGGAGUGGUGAAAAGUUUCCUGACUUUGGAGUAGGGGAAAUCGUUCUCUGGAGUGAUGAAUCACGCUUCACCAUCUGGCACUCUGACAGACAAAUCUGAGUUUGGCGGAUGCCAGGAGAAUGUUACCUACCCCAAAACAGUGCCAACUGUAAAGUUUGGUGGAGGAGGAAUAAUGGUCUGGGGAGGUUUUUCAUAGUUCGGGCUAGGCCCCUUAGUUCCGGCGGAGGGAAAUGUUAAUGCUGAAGCAUAUGACGACAUUCAAGACGAUUCUGUGCUUCCAAUUUUGUGGCAACAGUUUGGGGAAGGCCCUUCCCUAUUUUGACAAUGCUCUCGUGCACAAAGCAAGGUUCAUACAGAAAUGGUUUGCUGAGAUCGGUGUGGAAGAAUUUGACUGGCCUAUACAGAGCCCUUACCUCAACCUCAUCGAAUACCUUUGGGAUGAAUUGGAACGCUGGCUGCAAGCCAGGCCUAAUCGCCCAACAUCGGUGUCCAGGGGGGACCAACUCCAUAUUAAUGCCCAUGAUUUUGGAAUGCAAUGUUUAACAGGCAGGUGUCCAUAUACUUUUGGUAAUGUAGUGUAGAAGCUGUUUUUCAGUCUCUCGGUCCCAGCUUUGAUGCACCUGUACUGUCUCCGCCUUUUAGAUGGUAGCGGGGUAAACAGGCCGUGGCUCGGGUGGCUGAGGUCCUGUGACACUGGUUGCUGUAGAUGUCCUGGAGGGCAGGCAGUGUGCCCAUGGUGAUGCUCACAGCACCACCCUCAGGAGAGCCUUGUGGGUGCGGACGGUGCAGUUGCCGUACCAGGCGGUGAUACAGCCCGACAGGAUGCUCUCAAUGGUAACAUCUGUUGAAGUUAGUAGUUGUCUUAGGGGCCAAGCCAAAUUUCUUCAGCCUCCUGAGGUUGAAGAGGCGCUGUUGAUCUACGGACUAUUUCUAAUGUAUCAAAAUAGUUGUGUUCAUUUUAGAUUUUGACCAGUGUAUUUCUAUAGUUCUAGUUUUGAUCAUGGUGUGGACGAGUGGGAAAUUAUUAUUAUUAUUAUUAUUAUUAUAAUAAUAGUCAUACGGAGAUGACAAUGUUCUGGUGGUGUAUGAAAAAAUAAGUCCCUUUUUAAAAGAAAAAAAUAAUGUUUUAUUGAACUGUAGUUGUAACGCAUGUUGGGACUGUGUAAUAGGUUCGGACGUCAGAACCGUUCAUUCGGAUCAAAUGUAACUGGGUGACACGGGGUUUAUUGAGAUUAACAAAUGGGACCUCUUCAUUGUGUUUUCUAAUACUUGUGUGCAACGUAUGGUCUGUAAAUGAGGGAUGAGGAUGGAUAAAUUAAGUUAAUGAAAAAAAAGUGUUAUAUGUUUUUGUCUUCACUAGAAUGGCUUUUCCGUUGUCCAGAACUAAGCAAUGCACGUUGGAGCAUCUAUUUUCUACUGGGUCUCUUUGUUUUGUCGUUGGUACUUAUGACAUUCAAUGAAUGACUUCAUUCAGAGAGGAAUUUGUGAUUCCUUAAGUGAGUUUCCACCAUUGCAUUGACAAUGGGGAAUUGCCAGACACCAGUCUAGUUAAAUUAGGUGUAUUGCUAUGAAAUUGACAAGUGAAUACAGUUCAUCUGAGAACCUUUUGUUUUCUCAGUGGCAUUUGAAAUGGAACCCUGACCCAGGUUUUGCAUGAUUGAGGUAAUGCGUUAAGUCAUGCAGUGGUUUGCAUGGACAAAUUGGUGUUUGAUACUGGACUUGCUGAAAAUGACCCAUUUUAUUUCAAGUUGUCUCAAAGCGAUACAAAUAUUUGUAGAGACAGUCCAUUAUCUUUUUACAGGACCCCAAAGACUUGGACUUUGUUAGGUAGGCAGAAAUGGCUCAUGGGAUUUGUAAUUGUGUUUUCGCCCCUGUAUUACUAGGUGUUUUGUCUUUGCUCUGUUUAUGUAGCCGAUCAGGAAGAGAAUAGGGUAAUGCCAAGGAUUUGUAUUUACACUAGAUGACUGAGGGCACUGUGAUGAAGUCACCGUGUCUCCAUCUUGACACUCCCCAGGCAAAGCUAAAUGCAAUUGUUUUAAGGUCAUACCAAGGAUAAUUUUACUAUAAGACCCCUUGAAGUAUGAAAAAAAAAAAGUAAAUUAUUUGAUAGAAGAAAAAAAUGGGGCCUUACUACUUUUAGCCCGUGGAUUGAGAUACAUCCAAUGCAUAAAUAACGGAUGUUUUUAUGUUGUGGACACCGACCUUACAGGGUUUAUAUUAAUGAAUGCAUUUGUAAGGAUCCAUGGGCUGUUCUGAAUGCUUGUUGCAAGUCUACAAAACACUGUAAAUGCAUUAUGCCCUGGUGUUUAUUUAUUGGUAUCACUCCUGGUACAGGGGAUGUGUGUGUGUGUAUUAUAUCUGGGGAAAGACAAGUUUGGAAAUUGUUUAAAUAUUGAUAUGUCUGUAUAAAAACAAAAGCAACAUGU